AUGCCACCCUCCUCAGAUUCAGUAUCAUCUACAUCCCUCCCCUUCGGCGCCGACGUCCAUACCCAUGCCACCUGGCGCCGCUCAGGUUCGGUCCCGCGCUCUGUGCACCAUAAGCAUCAAUCGGCCAUCGACGAUCAGGGUCCUCAGACAUACUCCGACCUCAUCGCCGACGCUCAGGCCUCCAAUGAUGAGUUGUCUCGCAUCCCCAAUGUACUAGUACCACCGAGCUCAAUAAGAAGUAUACCGAGGUCGUACAAGAAAGUUCUGAGGCAGCAUCGCAUACUGUUCUGGGUACUCAUUGGGAUCUUCAACAUUUCACUCAUCGCUUCGACCGUCGCCAUCGUCCUUGGGGCCGUCAAAGCUCACCAAUACGGACAGAAUGAUGCCAAAUGCGCUGCCAUCAUCGUGGGAGUGUUUGGCUUCUCGGGCAUGGUUGGCAGUGCCGCUGUGAUUUGGCUGAUUUUGACGGGCAGGAAACAGAGAGCAAGACUGGAGAGGCGCUGGGCUGACGAGGAGAGAGUGAAGGAGGCGAUAGCUGUCAGGCAGCGUGAAAGAAACAGCAACAUACACGAUUCUAUCAAGGAUCGAGAGCGGUCUUUGAGCAGGAGCCGCAGUCGAGGUCGGGAUCGGGAUCGUGUUACGAGGCCAGCAGCAGCGGCAAUACCCUCGUUCAGAGCCAUGACACAAACGCCCGCAUCGUCCACUCGAAUACAGGAUCACGAUGCUAUACCUUUGUCGAGAAGGGCGCGCUCCCCUUGGCCCCGCCCUAUGGAUGUCUCUGAUGACGUUGAUGACGACCCCGACAAUGUUAUUGACGCGGAAAACAACAAGGAAAGUACCCAUGAGAAUAACAGGAAUUACGAUAAGAUUGGGAACGAGGAUGAGGAUGAGGAUAAGCAUAAGGAUGAGGAUGAGGACGGGGACGACGGCGCCCACGACAAAGAGGUUGAGGCUCAAGCUACGCAGAAAGUGAGGGAUUCGGCCUCGACAAACUUCCUAGACCUCGACCCCUCGGACAGCGAAAACGAAGACAACAACAGAGCAGAGACCGCCGACCGACCAGACAUCACCCGUCCGGAACCAAAAAUCCUCUCAAAGGUCUCCCUACCACUCGACAAUUCCAAACCCUUACCCCCACUCCCAGACUCCGGCCACGCCUCCCCUACGCCCCUCCCCACCAGCUCCACCUACAUCAACCCCUCACCCGCAGACCCCCGGCCCGCAACCUCAGGCGCCCACGACCCCCCUCAACUCCCUCCGAUCGAACAAACUCCCUUCGACCCGGCCACCGUACCCUCCAACCGCCUCGACACACGAAAUGCGCACACCACCACCCCUCCCCCCCCUCCUCCUCCCACGCUCCCCCGCGGCGAAAACGGCGGCCUCGGCCCCGCGCAGUCGGACGAAAACUUCCAAUCCAUGCUCGACCUGGCGGAAGACGCGGGCAGCGAAGACGAAGCGGCCCGGCGGUCGCGGCGGCGGCGGGUCCGGGAGAGGGUGGAGGCGUGGGCGUGGGACGGGGGGGCGGAGCGCGGGGAGAGGGGGAAGGGGGUGCGGGAGGCGGUCGAGAGGGGCUUGGGGAGGGUGGCGGGGAGGAAGAGGGAGAGGCGGGGGGUGGGGGGGUGA